GGCAAACUGUCGGUGCUGUAUGAGACCCAAAAAUAAUACUAAGGCUGCUGCACUAACAUAGCUUCUUGUUAAACCAACCUCUUCAGGUCUAAAAUUUUUGUGUUUGCUUCCCACAGAAUUUUGAGAGAGAAAAAUGGGAGUUGAUUUGAGGCAGGUUGUGGCUGGUAUACUCACUCUCACCAUGUUUGUGAUGCUUGGUCAAAUGAUCAAAAGAGACCAUUUUGAUUCUCUUCAAGAAAAACUUCCUGGGGAGGCUCAGGAUGCUCAAUUUGACAGUGCCAAUGUUUUUGAAAAGGAUGGCCUUGUGCAGCUUUCUAAGAGGAGCAAAGGGCCUUGGAUGAAGGAUAGUCAAGAGCUAAAACCAUGCUGGAGCAGGACGGCUUUUGAUGAGAUAGAGCAGUCCGGAGGGUAUGUUACUUUCUCAUUGACUAAUGGUCCAGAGUACCAUGUCUCUCAGAUAGCUGAUGCUGUAGUGGUAGCAAGGUAUCUAACCGCAACUCUUGUACUUCCUCACAUUAGAGGAAGCAAACCUGAUGAUGAAAAAAACUUUGAAGAUAUUUAUGACGUUGAGAAGUUCGUGAAAAGCCUGGAUUGGGUUGUCAAAAUAGCAAAAGAAUUACCCAAUGAAAUAUCAAUCCGGAAGCUUGCUGCCGUGAAAGUUCCCAAUCAGGUCACUGAAGAUUGUGUGGAAAAUGUAGAACCAGUAUUUAAAUCAAAGGGCAACAUAAGGCUUGCAACAUACUUCCCUACUGUAAAUAUGAGAAAAACCGCACAAAAGAGUAGUGUUGAUUCAGUUGCAUGUUUGGGAAUGUUUGGAACUUUAGAGUUGCAACCAGAGAUUAAUGGAGUUGUUGAUUCAAUGAUUGAACGGCUUAGAACAUUGAGUUGCAAAUCAGAUGGCCGGUUUAUAGCAGUCGACUUGAGUGUUGAGAUACUAGAGAAUAAGAAUUGUCACGGAAGUGGUUCAACUGGAGCAAAAAGUUGUUAUAAUGCACAGGAGAUUGCUUUAGUUUUGAGGAAAGUUGGUGUCAUGACGUCUAGAUUCAGAGAUCCAUCGCUAGACAUUAAUUUGAAGGAGUCGUUAUCAAUUUUUUUUAUCUAG